AUGGCAUUCGCGAAAGUCUUACUCCAGCGGCUGCAAGCGCCGGGCGCGCACGUUUUUCUCCCAAACACCCCCUCUGCCGCCGCCUCCGCGCACCUGGCGCCGGAGUCCGCCGAUCCUCUUCCCCCCGCCCCCGCUUCCGCCGAUUUUUCCGCUCCAUCCUUCCCUUGCGCGAAAAAGAGCAAUGAUGGGGCCAUUGUGGACUGGUGGUAUCCUCUUAACGAGGUAAGCAAAAGGGAGGGGAUAGACGGCGGCGUGGGGAAGGGAAAAGGGGAGGUGAAGGCGGGUAAAUGGCCGGAGGAGGAGAAUGGGGAGAAGGAGAAGAAGGCGGGGAAGGGUAAGACGGGGGGGAAGGGGAAGAAGGUGGGGAAAGGAAAGAAAGGAGCGAAGGGGAAGAAGGGGAAGAAGAGAGCGAAUGGGGGGCAAGAUUGGGAGAAGAUUGGGGAGGAGAGAGGGAGUGUGGAGAGAAGAGGUGCAAAGAAGCGAAAGGGGAAGCCCCACCAGUACUGUGCAGGGGGAGGUGCCGCUACUGCUGAGGGCCAGACGUUUGAGGCUCCUCAAAAGAAGCGAAAGGGGAAGCCUCACCUAGUCUGUGCGAGGGGGGUUGCUGCCAGUGCUGAGGGGCACGACCCGCUUGAGAACCGGCUUCCUUCUGAGUCAUCUCAGAAGUUAUCUCACCGGUUCUGUGCGCGAGGAGUUGCUGCUGCUGCCGAGGGGCAGGAUCGGCCUGAAAACCGGCUGCAUAGGCUGGUAGGAGCAGCAGAGGAGAGGGAGGGGGUUGAUUGCAAGCAGCAGGAGCGGUUGCAGCAGGGAGGUGUGGGGGGAGGGGGGGGAAAGGUUGGUGCGGCGGAGGUGAGGGAUAGAGGACGGGAAGGAGUGGGUGGUGGUGUUUCAGCGUGUGGGAAAUGUGAAGGGUUGGAUCGAAGGGAUGAGGGAGGAGGCGUUGACUUAGACGGAAGGGAUAAGAGGGGAGGUGCGGGAAGAGGCGAGGAAGGAGAGGAGAACGAGGGGGAGGAGGAGGAGGAAAAUGGGGAAGGGCAGGAUGAGCGGAAGAAUACGGAAGGAAACAAUGGGAAGGAACGAAAAGAGGAGGAGAGGAAGGAGGAGCAAGGGAAGGAGAAGGAGGGGAAGGAGGCGGAAGGGCACGAUGAGAAGGAACGAAAAGAGGAGGAGAGUAAGGAGGAGCAAGGGAAGGAGAAGGAGGGGAAGGAGGCGGAGGUGGGGAAGGAGGAAAGGAUGGAGAAAGGAUCAGAGGGUACGACGGGCUUCGUUUCUGGUUUUGAGUCGACUCAAAAGCAGACGGGCUUCGUUUCUGGGCGGGCACGAAAUGGGGAGGUGGAGCGAGAAAAAGAGAAGCAGGAGCGAGAGCAGGGAGGGGAGGAGAAGGAAGACGGGAAUAAGAGGGGAUUGGAACGGGAGGAGGGGAAGGGGGAGGGAGAGGAGACAGAAGAUGAAGAAAAGGAGAUGGAGAAGAGUAGGGGGUUGUUGCAGGGGCUGGGGAAGCAGGAGGAGGGAAAGCAAGAGGAGGGGAAGCAAAAUGAGGGAGAACAGGGGAAAGGGGAGAAUCAGGGGGGAGAGAAGGAAGGCGGAGAAAGGAAGGAAGAAAACAAGGAAGGGGAUGCGCAGGGGUGCAAUAAAGAGGAAGAAGAAGAGGAGGAGUCGGAGGGGGAGAGGGAUGGAGGAGGCAAAACGACAAGGAAGAGAAAGCGCGAGGAAGAUUCCUCCUGGUGGUGGCGAGCUUUGGACGGACCUGAGGAGGAGGAGGAGUGGGUAGCAGGAGAGGGAGUGAGGAGGAAGUGGGGGAGAGCGCGGAGUGUGAGGGAGCUGCUCAGUGCCACGUCAGCAGUGAGGAAGAGGGUCGUAUGGUGGAGGAAGAAGUACAAGAAGAAAGGGGUUGCAGGGAAGGGGAGUGUGGGGAAGGGGAUUGGGGGAAAGGGAGGUUGGGGGAAAGGGAGUGGGGGGAAGGGGCGCUGGGGGAACAAAAUGCAGGGGAAGGGGAAGGGUAAGGAGAAGGGGAAGGGUAAGGGGAAGGGUAAGGGUAAGGGGAAGGGGAAAGGGAAAGGAAAUGCUAAGUGGGAUCAAAAGGAUGGGAAAGAGGAGGGAAGGAGUGAUGGUGCUGGGUGGGCAGGGCGGUUGCGGGGAAGGGACAGGGCAGCAGGCAGUAGUGUUGCAGGUGGUGCUGCAAGUGGUGCUGCAAGCAAUGUGGAAGCAGGGAAUGCUGCCGCAGGCAGUGCUGCGGCAAGCAACUGGAGCAAUGAAGCGGAUGCGAAGGCGAUUGGAAAGUGCAAUCCAAAGAAGGCCGCAGGAAAGAACGUGUCAGUGGUGACAAAGUUGGCAAAUGCAAGAAUGGCGGCUGCAGCUAGAAAAGCGUCAGCAGUAGAAAUAUUGCCGGCAGCAGCAAGAGAAGUGUCAGCAGCAGGAAAGGCAGAGGGCAAGGCAGAGGGGAAGGCAGAGGGCAAGGCAGAGGGGAAGGCAGAGGGGAAAGAGGAAAUGGCGGCUGCAGCUAGAAAAGCGUCAGCAGUGGAAAUAUUGCCGGCAGCAAAGAAAGGGUCGGCAGCAGGAAAGGCAGAGAGGGGGGAGGAGGACGAGGAGGAGGAGGGGGUGGAAGAGGAGGAGGAGGAGGAGGAGGAGGAGGAGGAGGAGGAGGAGGAGGAGGAGGAGGAGGAGGAGGAGGGGGAGGAGGGGGAGGAGGAGGAGGAGGGGAAGGAAAAGGGGAAGGAGGAGGGGACAGAAGGGAGGGAGGAAGUGGGGAAGGAGGGUGUGGAGGAGGGGGUGCAGGGAGGGGAGGGAAGGGGGAACUGUAGCAGAGAAGAAGCUGGAGGAAUAGAGGCAGGAGAAGGGAGCGGAGGAGGAGGAGAGAAUGGAGGAGAGAAUGGAGGAGAGAAUGGAGGAGAGGAUGGAGGAGAGAGAGGAGGAGAGAGUGGAGGAGAGAGAGGAAGCGCGGGAGGAAGCGCGGGAGGAAGCGCGGGAGGAAGCGCGGGAGGAAGCGGAGCCACAAAAGGGAAGAGGAAGUGGAGAAAGUGUGAGCAGGGCAGCGAGGCUGAAAGGGGUAAGAGACGUGUGAGGCAGUGGAAGGUGAAGGAGAGGGCGGAGAGGGAGGAGAGGGCGGAGAGGGAGGAGAGGGAGGAGAGGAAAGAGAAGGAGAGGGAGGAGAUGAAAGAGAAGGAGAGGGAGGAGAGGAAAGAGAUGGACGAGGGGAAGGAGAGGGAGGAGAGGAAGGAGAGAAAUGAGAGGGAGGAGAGAAAGGAGAUGGACGAGGGGAAGGAGAGGGAGGAGAGGAAGGAGAGAAAGGAGAAGGAGGAGAAAAAGGAGAGGGUGGAGAGAAAGGAGAGGGAGGAGGGGAAGGGGAGGAAGGAGAGGAAGGAGAGGGAGGAGAGGGAAGAGACGGAAGAGAGGGAGGAGAGGAAGAAGAGGGAGGAGAGGGAGAAGAGGGAUAAGAGGGAGGAAAGGGAGGAGAGAGAUAAGUGGGAGAGGGAUAAGUGGGAGGAGUUGGAUGAGACACACGAGGCAAAAGAAACCAGGGGGAGAGAGAAAAAGAAGGAGAAGGAGACAGAAGCGAGGAAGGAAAGGGAGAGAAAGCAGGAUCAAGCGGAGAAAGGGAGGGGGGAAACAGCCUCUGCUCCUGCUGCUGCAGCUGCUGCUGGGAUAGCAACCACUCAUCCCUAA